AACCUGUUCCUACCUUGUUUUGUGUACAUGUACUAUUUAGCGACUACUCACGGGAGAAUUGAUUAUUUUUUGGCGAGUGUCUUUUUGUAAUUACAAUAGCUGCGUUAAGCAAUGUCGUGUGCCUAAAGUAUAUGUAUAUGUAUAUAUUUAUAUGUAUGUGUGUAUAUGUAAUGAAAAUCAGAGAGACAAAAUUACAUAUGGUUGAAAUUGGAAGAAGAAAUGUAUAAACCAAGUGUGGUAUUUAUACUGCACGGGUACCAAAAAUAUGCACCGACGACUGCCUUAACACUUGCUACCAAUAGUAUAUGAUGGGAAAGGCAUUAGCCUGUUUUAGAAGGAAAAAAAAAAUGAUGUAGAAUCCCGUGAGUGUCUCCAUGUUGCAUACUGAUUAUACAGUCAUAGUUUUGUAGUAUGAAAUACUUCCCCUUUUUAAACAAGUUCCCCUUCACGUUUUUAACUAAAGUUCUUUGAAGUUUUCUAAAAAAAAAAAAAAAAUGCCCCCCACACCCCCGUUUUCUAAAAGUCCUCCAUUCAUCUCCCUCCACGAUUUUCUGAAGAAUUCCCGUUUCCUGAAAGGUCCCCCCCCUCCCACCCACGAUUUCUGAAGUAUUCCCGUUUUCUGUGACAGUAUUCCCGUUUUCUGUGACAGUAUUCCCGUUUUCUGUGACAGUAUCCCCGAUUUCUGAAGUACCCCCGUUUCCGUCCCCAGAUGCAACAACAAUAUUACCCUAGCGCCCCGACCGCUCACAGUAGACAAGAGCAGAGAUCUUCGGGAACUCAGGCGCAAUACACCCUAUACAACACCGCAAUUUCUGCAGAAAACGUUCCUCUUAUGCUCUCAGCGACAGGAGAAGGUCGUGCAGGCCCCGCAGAUCCUCCGCACCUGAUCGCUGAUCACCGCGUCGUGCCUGCUCAACAGCACAACUCACCCUACCUGGCCGGCAUCCCGACAAUGGGUAACUUCAACCCCUACAUCGCCUCCUCCCCCGUCAUGACGAUGGGCAUGACCGACGUGGCCUCGCCCAUCACGGGGGUGGUGCCCCAGCAGGUGGUCACGGCUCAGAAGGUGCCACGGACCGACCGACUAGAGGUAUGCCGCGAGUUUCAGCGCGGCGCGUGCAAGAGGCCGGAGCAGGAGUGCCGCUUCGCCCACCCGCCCGAUCACGUGAGCACGACAGACGAGGGCACUGUCACAGUUUGCAUGGACGCUAUCAAGAGCCGCUGCUCUCGUGAACCCUGUCGCUACUUCCACCCUCCCCCGCACCUUCAGGCCCAGCUCAGGGCGAGCCAAGGCCGCGCCGCACAACAACCUGUGCCUGGUGCUGCUGUCGCGGCCGCGGCCGCCGCUGUGCCCUUGGCGCCGCCUCCACCGCUGCCCGCCGCAGCCGCAGCCGCAGCUGCUGCCGCCGAGCUGGGCAAGAAGCGCGGCCGCGACCCCAGUGACGAGCUCCUCAUGGCUUUCCCUGGAAUGGGCGUGCCCUACAAGCGCCCCGCCGGAGACAAGUCGGGCGUGCCGGUGUACCAACCGACGGGGAACGCAGCGUACCAGCAAGCCCUGAUGCAGCAGCUGGGAGGGCAGAGCUUUGUGCCAGUGUCAUGUGAGUAUGGCGGGAGUGUCACCCUGGCGGGGGUGGGGGGCCAGGCCGACACCCAAGACACCACCGCCGCUAACAACCACGCUGCCGCUUCCUCCGCGCAACCCACUCCCUCAUCCUCUUCCUCAUCCACUUCCACCACUACCACCAUUAACUCCCAAACCACUGGCAAAGCCAUCUUCUCUAGCCCUCCUUCCGGUACCACCACCACCUCGACCACUUCCUCCACCUCCUCCUCGUCCUCCGUGGCAGGAGAGACAGCAGGUGCCUCGCCAGCGCCCCUGCCGCCGCAACAGCCAGUCAAUGUGUUCUCAUACACAGGCUAUGCGCUCAGCAAGGGCCUACGCCCUCAGUUCAAGCCGCCCACCUCAGCCCCAACCAUCAUGGGGCCCACAGCUCUCGCCACCCACGGCAUGGUUCCCCCAGGGCUGACUGCGGGGCACCUGCCCGGCCUUAGUUACGGCGGUGUCGCGGCAGCACCCUUAGCCAGCAUGGGCGUGUCACCCUAUGUGAGCACAGCCCAGCAGUUGAUGGUCCCGGGCAUGACGCACACCAUGGCGGGCAUGGGGCUGCCGACGAUGGGCCAUGGCCUCGGCGGCAUGGCUGCGGGAAUGGCCCCUGCUUUGGGGGGUGUGGCGACGGCGAGUCUGGGAGGCCUGGGUGGUGGUAUGCCGCUCAUGAGCCCCUCACUCAUGAUGCCCCAGUACCCCGCCUCCUCCAUCCUUCCCCAGUACACCGCUUUGUCCAGUAACACCAACUACUCGCUGGCUCAGGGGGGCGAGCAGCCGUACAAGAAGCUGAAAACUUCAUAAAAGUGUGUGCAUGUGCGUACCGGCUGACGAGCAAGUCUCCCGCCUCUGUAGGUCUACUUCCUUGCGCUCUCCUCGCUCAGCGCCAGUGAGCGAGCAAGACAACAACGACCAGCAUCUAGUGGACUCUAGUCACGCCACUACUAACAUCUACCAGUGUCCUCUAGGGCACAGCGUAACUUACUAACUGGCCUAUAAUUUUGAUUUUAGAUAAUUGACGUAGCACAUGUAUCUGUCACUGUAGUUUUCUUGUUAUUGUACCUGUUUUAGAAGUUUUAGAAUUAAUGAUUUUACCUUUUACGAAAUAUAUGAGACAUAAUGUUGUCAAUUUUAACAAGACUCCAAGUCUUUUUUGCUUUUAAACGACACUGCAGAGCAGACUUGCUGCAUGUCCGCUGGUAACCGGGGUAUGACGCCUGCAUGGUGCUCAGCUCAACACGGUGUUUGUGAUAUGUGAUGCACGGAGACCACACCGCGCCCCGACCCCCUCCCUGCCUCACCCUCCCUAACACCACCCCAGAACCCCCCUCCCUCCCCCUUACCACCCUGCGUCCCCUACACACACACUACUCCUGCUGCUGCCGGAGUCCUGAGGGAGACGGUGGUGGUGACGCAAAGAGCGACCGGCAGCAGCAGCAGGAGUGGCAGCGGCAGGUCGGGGGAGGGGGGGGGCGUCCUAGAGGGUGAGAGGGGCCAGGCAGGGCUUGUGCAACAGAGGAUUGUCUGAGGUGUGUCAAGAGUAAUCAUUAUAAAGUCCCCUCCCCCUCCCCCCCCGAAAACCCACGUCGCGCUCUCACCACGCCCACGGUACGCCCAAGCCACGCCCACCACCACACAUUUCUGUGAUAGUCUCGCUUUGCAAAUGGUCAUUGCAAAUAAAUAUGCAUGUGCAAAAGACAUGGUAGGCGUAGCGGGCGGGCUUAGCUUCCUUUUGCGAGGGCGUAGGUGGGGUCGGGUGGUGAAAGCCGGUGAGUGCCAUAGAGUGGUGGCGUCUCCGUGUACUCCCUCAGCAUUCCCAGUACUAUUGUAGCACUACUGUACCAUGCUCACGUCCAACUUGAUGUGAUGGUAACUAGGUAUGGGUUAUGUUGAUGUACCUCUGUAAUGCUUCCUUUCUGUAGCCAGGGUCACUAAGGCCCUGCCCGGGCUUAUUCAGUACACAUUGCUCUGUCAGGCAUCAGUUUUUGUUGGACUGCUCUCAUCUUUUUGUCUGUUAUGUAAUCCUAUGAUUCUGUUCAACAUUAUUAUAUUUGCUAGCUUUUAGUGCUUUUCAACAUUGGUCUGGGUAUCAAGUAUAUGUACAAUUUGCCUGUGUAUUUCAGUCCUUUUACUGAUACAAAAUAUUGGCCUAUGUAUAAGAAUAUUUUUAAAAUAAUAAGUCUGUAGAAUGCAUGA